GUUGAAAAAAAUGUUUCAAAGGGUAGGCACAAUGAUGUUGGCUACGCUAUUUGCAAUUUGUUUGUUACAAAGCAGCUAUGCUGCAGUUAUUUUCACUGAAGAGUUGCCUAUAGUCAAUGAUCGGCCAAUAAUUGGUGUGUUGUCUCAGGAACAGUCAUUUUAUUUGCAUGGUAAAUAUCCCGAAGAGAAUUACACUAGUUACAUUGCUGCUUCGUACGUGAAGGAUGUGGAGGCGGCCGGAGCUAGGGUGGUGCCUAUAUUGAUCGGCAAAGAUCGUGCUUAUUACGAAAAUCUCUUGAGCAAAAUAAACGGUGUGCUGUUCCCUGGUGGAGCUACUUACUUCAACCAAUCAGAUGGCUACGCUGAUGCUGGCCAGCAUAUUUAUGAGAUUGCCCAGGAGUUAAACGACGCCGGGGACUACUUCCCAAUCUUCGGCACCUGUCUUGGGUUUGAGCUGCUCAUCAUUAUAGCAUCAGGCCGGGGAGACGAGGAGAAUAGGAUCAGGUGUUACUCCUAUAGCAACAUCCCAUUGGAUUUCACUGAUGAUUUUCGUGACAGCAAGAUGUUCAGAGAUGCGCCGGAUGAUAUUAUCAACCUGUUAGCUACAGAAAAAGUCACUGUGAAUGCUCAUCAAUUCUGUAUUGUCGAUGAGAACUUAAUUUCGCAUAAUCUAACUGAAGAUUGGCAUGUAUCAUCUUAUUCUGAUGACGACAAUGGUGUAAAAUUUAUUGCUUCAAUUGAACAUACAAGAUAUCCAUUCUAUGGCGUGCAAUUUCAUCCGGAGAAAAGUUCAUUUGAAUGGAAACUUUCCAAGAACUAUCCUAGCUCAAUAAACGCUGUUAAAUCGAACAGAUAUUUCAUGGACUUCUUUGUAAGGGAGUGCAGGAAAAAUACGCACUCAUUUGCGAGUGCUUCCGAGGAAAACCAAUACUUAAUAUACAACCACGAGCCGAAGUUUACCGGCGUUCUGGGCAGCGCAUAUCAUCAAUGUUAUUUGUUCGAACCGAGAGGAACGUCGUCAUAAGUUUUGAGUGUGCUUCAGCAACCAAUUUUGCGGAAAAAUAGUUUUACUAAUAAAAAUAUGACCGAUA